GGUGGUAGUCCCGUCCACUCGGCUCGCUCAGUCGCGCCGACUGUGCCGUCGGGCUGUCGUCGUCGUCGCGGUCUUCGUCCACGCACGGGCUGGUCUGUCAUUGUUUUUGUGAACUCUAUUUUUUUUUUGGAUCGAUCGAUCGGGCGAGUGUCUCCUUGCUGGACUGGAGCCGGCGUCACUCGACGUUCCGGACCGACCAGCAUGCUGCUGCCACCCACGCCGCUGAUCACUGAAGCUCACGACCGCUGCCUGCCGACGCCCCCGCUCACCCCCGAGUCCGACCCGUACGCGGGCAUCUCCGGAGGAGCGUACUGCGGCAGCGCCAUGCCCCCCUGCGCCUCGAGCUCCCUGUGCCUGAGCCCGGGCCUGAUGGGCGGCUAUUGCGGGAGCCCUUCCCCGCCGCAUCACGUGGCGUCACCUCCGGUCGUGAUGCCGGUCGCCUUGCUCCCGGUCCAGAACCCCGCCGCCUUCUCCGCCUUCCUGCACCGCCACCCGUUCGCACCGCCGGCGGACCGCCACGAGUCACACCAGCAGCGUCAUCGCGACGUGGCGCCGACGGCUCCUCCGGCGGUGCGGCGACCCCGCAAGAAGUUCGACUUCUCCCGACUCGCCGAGUCCGCGACGGCACCUGACGAAGACGACGCUCUGCCCCAGGUUCCCAGCGGCGCGUCGCCGCCGAUUCACUACCCCUCGUACGUCCUGAGCCACGUGUACAACCAGCAACGCUGUGGCGGCGGUGUCCUCGGCUACACGAAGGGCAAGGUGGCCACGAUGGCGGGGGUGUCCGGCGCGGCUGCUCUGCGGCCCGUCCGUUACCGCGCGCCGUCGCGGCCCAAGAAGGAGUUCAUCUGCAAGUUCUGCCAGCGGCGCUUCACAAAGUCGUACAACCUGCUCAUCCAUGAGCGAACCCACACUGACGAGCGGCCCUACACGUGCGACAUCUGCCACAAGGCCUUCCGCCGACAGGAUCACCUCAGGGACCACAGGUACAUCCACUCGAAGGAGAAGCCGUUCAAGUGCGGCGAGUGCGGCAAGGGCUUCUGCCAGUCACGGACCCUGGCCGUGCACCGCAUCCUGCACCUGGACGACUCGCCGCACAAGUGCCCCACGUGCGGCCGCAGCUUCAACCAGCGCUCCAACCUCAAGACGCACCUGCUCACGCACACCGACAUCAAGCCGUACCACUGCCCGGCCUGCGGCAAGGUCUUCCGGAGGAACUGCGACCUCCGGAGGCACGCACUCACGCACGGCAUCCGGACGCCCGACACGGACUCCGAAGACGCCGACUCGCAAUGAGUGGACUCAUCUCCAGGCCAUGAUUUGGGUUGUAGCUGAAUGCACCCGAAGAAAAAUCAAAGAGGUGCAUCGUGGAAACAAUCUGGUACUCUGUGAAGGGACUUGCUUGUUUACGGUUACGACGAUAUUCUCUGGACGCCAGAUCUUGAGCACCCAGUUCUCUGCGCAAGCUCACGACGAGACCGCUGUUAUCGUCUGCGGAGAUAGACAGAAAGUCUUGAUUGUAUAUCAUGUCGUCAAUGGUCAGACUUGCAGGGGCGUUAUGCAGAGCCACCGAAUAAGCUACGCUUGUAGAGUAUUGACACUCUUCCAAGGUUUUCUUGUGUGCGCCACCAUUUUGGCGGAUAGAGCAAACCGGGCGCCAUUAUUGAACACCGUCACGAUUCGAAAAUGCGACUUCUUGAGCUUUCGACGCUGUGCCAGGAAGAUCGGGUGAUAUCGUUUUGCUCCGCCAUGGACUCUUAUAACAUUUUUGAACGACGGAAAAGCGUUUUCUGCGAUUUCAGAUUAAAACUUCAGAUAAUUGGCAACUAUGAUUUUAAGCAUCAAAAUGGCCGGAAAUGUCUUUACUCUCAAGUUUAUAUAGCGUAAUUUGUGGCUCUAGACUUGUGAGAGCUCACCAUUGGCACGUGCUUUACUUCGUUCGGUCUCAGUUAAGGUCGCCAGUGAACGUCGCUUGUUCGUCGUUUUCAUUGACCCUCAUUUGCAAUGUCUGUUGUUGCCGAGCGCGUGCUGAUGGCGAGCUCACGCAACAGUGGCUCGCGCAAAUGUUUCACAUCAGAGAACAACGGGCUCCAAUAUGGCGUCCUCUGAAUACUAGUGAAUACCACCUAGAUCAGCUGCUGCUCAACUAUGCACGUGCAUUAUGUGUCGAUGUGAGCGAUUGUACUAUACCUGAAUGUGCGCAAAGGUUUGGGAGGACAUCAUCACCAGACAAUGUUCUGCUAAGAAAAACCUGUUUCUUUUUUGUUUAGUUUUUUAGUUAUUUUUGUACAUUAUGUAUAGGAUGAAGCGUGAUCUUAAAUUUUUUCCAACAAGUGCCAAGAAUAUUUGAGAAAAAAGUGCCGUCCGUAAUUUGGAAUUGUAACAUUUCCUCCGAUGAUAAAGCAGUUUCCUCCAUUCAGUUCCUUUAGAAACAAAUGCACUUUAUGAGAUUUUUACAUGUCAUAUUCGGUAAACAAAUGCGACGUAUACCCCUUGGUCAGAGCCCUGGACUGUUUCUCGACGGAUGCGCUCAUGGACGUCUGUGGAGUUUUUUAAGUGUGUCGGUCACCAUGAUUCUUCGCUCAUAUCGCGCAGCAUGACGCCAAAGAAUAACGAAGAUCACAACGUUCUUGUUUGUUUAUAUGUUUGCUCGUUUAUGUUCGAUCCUUAACGCGGUCUGCGUGUAAACAGCGCCUGGCUCCCCGAUUUCCAAUGAUCUCGUUUAUAAAUAGGGCUUUCUGAAACUCGAUAAUUUGUCACCAUGAACGCCAAACUGCUAAGAAAUAACCUUUUUUUUUUAUUUGUAAAGGGGGGGGGGGGGGGGCUUUUUGGCGCAGUUCAGCUUAAACUUGUUUAAAAUGACCAGAGCUGAACUUUAAAUCCAAAUGGGAAUUAUAAAGGCCAUUUAGUGCCUGUCGGAUUUAAAGAAAAAAUCAAAUCCGAGAUCUGGAGGCCCCUAUUGUUAUAACUUAUAAGUUUGAGCGUCAAGUGUUGUGUGAAUGUGAAAUUAUCUAUUUGUAUUAAAGCAAUGUUUGUUCUUACGAA